AUGAGUGAGAAGGAAGUCUCUGCCGUGCCCGACAAUGAAAAGGAGGUCACUAUCCACCCCGAGAAAGAGGCUGUCUCUCCUGAAAGUAACGAUCAUGCAUCCGUCACCAACGAGAAAGUAACCGCCUCCCCAGUGCCAAAGGCUCCAACAGCACCAGUAUCCGGUGCCGACGCCGCACUGGAGCUGCUGAAGGAGACCGGCGGUAUACUGCAACCUUUUGACGAGGCCCGGGAAAAGCGACUUGUGCGGCGAAUCGAUAGACACAUCAUGCCCCUCAUCUGCAUCGUCUAUUUCCUGCAGUACAUUGACAAGACGUCUAUCUCAUACGGCAGCGUGACUGGCCUGCCGGAAGCCACAGGGCUGGUCGGAAAUCAAUUUAAUUGGGUUGCGUCCAUCUUCUUCUUUGGUCAGCUUGCCUUCGAAUUCCCGACCAUCCGCCUCCUCCAGUUGUUUCCCUUGGCCAAGUACGUCUCACUGAAUGUGACACUAUGGGGUGUCACCUUAGCUUGCCUCUCAUCCUGCAAGAAUUACGCCGGUCUUCUUGCAUGUCGCUUCUUCCUCGGCGCUUUCGAGGCCGCCAUCAUCCCAGCUUGGGUUCUCUUCACCUCGCAGUGGUAUAAUAAAAGCGAGCAGGCAUUUCGUGUCGGUAUUUGGUUUUCAGUUUGCGGCACCGCACAAAUGUUUGGGGGAUUCUUUGCGUAUGGUGUGGCCACGCAUGUUGGCAGUGACCCGAAUGCGCUUCUAGACGGGUGGCAGGUUAUCUUUCUCUUCCUCGGUCUGCUCACGGUUGUUGUUGGUAUCGCGUUCUACUUUCUGAUUCCGGACUCCCCUGCGACGGCCAAGUUUCUCUCGACGGAGGAAAAGGGUGCUCACCUCCAUCGGAUUCGAGGAAAUGAGCAGGGCAUCGGUUCCCCGACAUUCAAGCUAACGCAGGUGCGUGAGGCGUUGACGGAUCCUAUGACCUGGCUAUACUGCUUCUGGGUCUUUGCGGCCAAUAUUCCAAAUUCCACUGCUACUAGUUUCGGAAUCCCUAUCGGAUGGACCACCAUCCUAGGCAUGAAGAGCUCAAAUGUAGCCGGCUCGACCAAGAAGGUGACCGUUGCGUGUCUAGAAACGAUCGCUUACACAGUUGGGAAUAUCAUCUCUCCUCAGACAUUCCAGCCACGUGACGCCCCUCGAUACCUUCCUGCCAAGAUCUCUAUUUGCAUAAUUUAUUUCCUCUGCACGGUGGAUCUUCUUGUUAUGCGUUGGGUCCUUAGUAGCCGAAACAAGAAAAGGGACCAAGAAAAGGAGGCACAGGGUGACGCCCAUAUAGUGCAGGAAAAUCAUGAGUUUCUGGAUCUCACAGAUCUUGAGAACAAAGAAUUCCGAUACGAACUCUAG